UAGAAGCCGCUUAAUGUUCCGUUCGGUUGGAGAGAGUACAAUUUACGAUUGUCGAUCAACCAGUAUCGCUCAGGGCUCACAGUAGCAGAGAAAGCCGCGUCUAGCACAAAGCCAUGGCGUCGAUGGAUGUAGAAGGACCACAGUUAGGGUUUCCGCACUGGAAGCCUCUCCGUCGAAGGUUCGGCCCUGAAUCUCCUUUUUUCGCAUCUGGCAACAUCGAAAGAGAACUGCUUGCCAAACAGCUUGCAUUGGAUUUAACUGAAGAUGAAAGGCAUCAACUUCGGAAUAUGGUAGAUGAGGAAGGCAGGGGGGUUUUCUGUACCAUUGUUGGUUGUGGUGCUCGCUUGAGUUCCUUGGAGGAUUUUGAAGAUCACUAUAAUGCACGGCACACUGCAUCUUGUUCUGUGUGCUCUAGAGUCUACCCAACAUCACGGUUGCUCAGCAUACAUUUAUCUGAAUCUCAUGAUUCUUUCUUUCAGGCGAAAGUUGCACGCGGCUAUCCCAUGUAUGAAUGCCUUGUAGAAGGCUGUGAUUUGAAGUUCAAGAACUAUAAAAGUCGGCAACAGCAUCUGGUGGACAAGCAUAAAUUCCCCACUUCAUUCGAGUUUUUCAAGAAGGCUCAACCUUCCAAAAAACAGAGGCAGAAGAACCAACGUAAACAAGCUAUUCCUAAGAAGGCAGAUGCAUCUUGUAUGGAAGUAGAAAACGAAACCAUUGAUAGCCUUGUUUCUGCUGUCUCCAAAUUAAGCACUUCAGACUCCAGCCCCUCAUCCAUCAGUUUUGGUCGUCGACCCACUCGCGGCUUGACAUUUGUCCCACGAGCUGUUCAACGUGAGAAAAAACCAGACUCCACAUAGGAACAAAGAGAUGGCAAACCUACGAGCCAAUGUGCUUAGGAUUUGUUAUAAUGGUUUGCCUUUUUCCCGCACCUGUAGGUUUGGCUUCUUGCAAUCAACUUGGAAACAGAUUCUUUGAAAAUGUUGUAGGUGAUGAUGGUUAAUUGUUCUUUAGGAAUUUCCUAUGUACCUAUCGAAGGCUUGUCUGACACCCUCUGAUUUCAAGGAUGUCUUAGGUUCACCGAUGAGGACGAUAUUGUUGUAAUGAUUGGACCGGAGAAAUCACACCUUCAUUUAGCUGAA